UGUAAAUAUUAAUUGAAUUAUAUUGACCAAUUAUCAUUAUAUAAGCUGUUUAAGAUAUAAUAAAUACAAUGGAAUGUUUAAUUCCUGAUAUUUUGUUUACUCUACUUGGCCACAAAUCUGAAAUAUUGCAGUGUAUUGUUGACAAUGACAGCAAUUUCACUGAUGAUGAAUAUAUUAUUUUGAACACUGAAGACAAGCAACUGUUGAAGUGUUUCUUAAAUUUGGCUGAAGAAUAUCAGAAACUUAACACCGUUAUUGUAUCCUUUAACCGAUUACAUAAUAUUUACACAGAAUCAGAAUCAAACAGACGAGGUUUAUACUUUGAAGCUUUUGUCAAUGGUAUGUUAAUUGCCUUGAAACCAUAUCGCAACUGUAUAAAUGACAUUGAAAAAAAUUUGUCAAAUAACAAAGAAAACAAAUGUUUAUUGACUGAAACAUUGAGGAAAGUUGAACAACAUAAACCGUUGAUUGUUGCAGUUAAUAAUAUUUUAGAUCAAAUUGAACUUUCUCAGUUACAUGGCGGACAAAUAUUGAAUCUCAUACACGAAGUACUCUGUAUGGAAUUUUUGGAUAGUAAAAAUCAAUUAUUGCUCAUAUUCAACCAAUGUUUACAGGUGUUAAUAUCGCAGUUGAACACGUUUUUCGCACGCGGAGUGAUUUUUGAUCCUCAUCGUGAGUUCUUUAUUGAAUCCAAAUAUUCUAAAAGCAAAAAAGAAUUUAAACAGUUUUCUUUAUUACCAAGUUUAAUGCCAUCUUUUGUUCCUCUUUCAACUGCAAGCAAAAUAACAAGAAUUGGCGAUGUAAUUAAAAGUUUACAACAUUCAAAUGACCAAUCAUCAUUGAUAAACUACAAGGAUAUUUCUAUACAGUUAUAUGGGCACAAAAAAGAUGAACUGUUCUCUGAUUUGUUUAAUUUAGUAAAUGUGCCUUUAUUUACUAAAAAUGAAUUUGUUCAAGUAAUUGACAAGUUUUAUGAUGUUGUAGAUGAAUAUAUGUUAAAAGCAUCAUUUAAUAAUGAUAGUUUUGGCUAUCAUAUGAAAUUGGUAAGAGAUUUUUAUUUGCUGGGUAAUGGAGAGUUUUAUAAGCAUUUUUUAAAUAAAAUGUGCAGUUUAUCACUGAAAUCUGAACACAGUUUACAUGCUGUUAAGGUGGCAUUUAUUAAUACAGCUCAGGAUAUCAAAAUUCACAAAUCUGUGAAUCAAUUGUUUGGUUUCAGUUCAUUAGAAAAUGAAGAAGCUGAUGAAACAACAUGGACAAAAAUUAAAGUCACUUUUGAAACCAAAUGGCCAUUACAAUUUAUAUUUACUAGCUCUGUUCAAGAAAACUAUUCAAAAUUGUUUGCAUUUUUAUCAAGAAUUAAAAGAGUGCAAACCAAUUUGCAUACAAUAUGGAUUGAAAAAAAAUCAAAAUCUUAUGAAAUAAAUGCUCAUAAUGUCCAGCUGAAAACCAAAUUAUCGUUUUUAAUAGAUACUCUUUAUAGUUAUCUUCAGAUGGAUGUCAUCGAAGAUGAAUAUUUUCUUCUCUUGGAGAAAUUAACCAAUGCCAAUGAUUUUCAAUCAAUCAAGCACAUACACGAUAUAUUCCAGACAAAUAUCAUGAGGGAUUCAUUUUUGUUCAUGGAAGAAAUUUACUUGGGCUUUAAUAGAAUUUUAGAUAUGUGCGAAAACUAUUGCAGAUAUAUGACUGACAUUACAGCUGCUCUAAAUCCACAGUAUAAACAGUGUUUUGAAGAGUUACAUUUAUUUUUUACCAAAAAGCCGAAUAAAUUAGUCUCAUUGAUAAAUAUAAUUCGAAAAAUCCAUGUGACUCCAAAACCAAAUCAAUUUAUUGUUAGAUUAAAUUUUAAUUAUUGGUUUCUUCAAACAAUAUCUAGUGAUAGCUAGAAAUGAAGUGUCUACAUUUUCAAUUUACAAGCUCAAAGAGGUAAUAUUUUUUUAAAUUAGGAAACAUUAAUAAUUAU